AUGGUUGCUAGUUGUAAAGACCAGAGAAAAGCUGUUUCGAUAUGUCUUCAGCGGUCUCCAUGUGUUAUGAUUGAAAGAAACACUCCAAAGAAGUGUUUGGAAGAUCCAGAGCUUUUGAAAGAACUGCCUGAACUUUGUAUUUCGCAAAUGAAAGCAUUUCUAGAGUGCAAAAGAGGAAUAGUGGAUAUGAAGAAGAGAUUCAGAGGUAAUGCCCCUCUUUCUACUGGUAGAUAUGAUCAACAGUAUGAAAAUUUGUCAUCUGGUAAUUUUGACCCCAGAGAUGAGAUGAAGAAACUAGAGUUAUUGGAUAGUAGCAGUAAGACAUGA